AUGGCAUUGCUCGGCCUCACUCUUCAUUCUGCGACUGGCUUCCACGCCGUGCACAUCCCGGGCACCAAGUACUGCAUCGUGAUCCCUACCACCAAUUCCCACUUCCUCCCCAUGAUGAAUUCCAGUCUGGUCAUCGGGAUGCUCUUCCAUCUCAACGAUGCAGUUGGCACUGUCUUCCUGUUGGCGAAGAUGCGGCUCCUGUCUACCACCUCAACGGGCGGCAUCCGACCAGCGACGGCCCUGUCUGGCGUUCUCCUCAGUCAGGAGAUGCUCUGUUCAGUAGCGUGCGCAUUCCUCUGCCUGGGCUUCAGCAUCACAAUCUCGAUCCCCACGCUACCAUUGGUCUACAGAAGCGAGACGAUGUACGUCUUCAUCGUCCUGACCAAUUGCGUCGCCUGUUGCUACUAUCGAGAGCUCGACGCCUUCCUGGUCUCAGCACAGAAGCAACCAGCAACGAGGUGCAGUAUCGGCAAUAGUGGGCUUUCACGCGGUAAUAGCGGCGACGGUACGAGCGGCACGCAUCGUCAUCACUUUGAUGACAGUGAUUUGACAGGACUCGAGGAGCCGAAGAUUCAGUACGAUGAGGCAGCCCUGCGUCGACUUGCUCAUUGGGCCAAACUCAACCACCGCAUCAAGCAAGACGACGUCGACUUCUCUACGGCGGGCAAUAACUCGCCCAUCGUACCUACGGGUGCCCGGAGCGAUUCGAAGCACCAGCUCGGCGAGGUCAUUCAGGCGCUGCCGGGACACGAGGAGAACAUUGAGCCUGCUGAUACCCACACCGAAGGCGACGGACCAUUCGCCUCCCUCAAGCGCAGGGUUUCGGCUAGAAAGAGCAAGGCAUCCAACAGUUCCGGCGCCGCAGCCGUCCAGCCUGAUAAUCUCACCACCAACUCCACGGUGCCGCCUUCUCCUGCGCCCGGGCUCACAGAUACGGCCGAGGAGCUUUCCCUACUGCCUGUGCUCCCGCCGCCUGCCGCGCCCGCGCUCCGUAGCCACACGGCCGGCGAAGCCGUCGACCACAUUAACUCUCGCUCUUCUUCCUACGACGAUCGCCUAGGUACCCUGCUGCAUCCCAAAGGUAGUCUUCUUCCCGGCUACGGACGCUCCCGUGCGCAUGGUUUGGAACUCGCUGAGAUCACCCAAGACGUCAGCAACCCGGCCACGCCUGCAUCUGCGGUUCUACCAAAGGACCGCACUCGUAAUGGCUUCACGGCCUUGACGCCUCCUCCUUGGCAGCAGAAGCGAAAGAGGCCCACACCUCAGCAUCAGCAUCAGCACCAGCACCAGCACCCGGCCAAAAGGAUCAAUCGCCGUAGCCGUGGUCAUCGAACGAGCUUCUGCGAGGACCAGUCGACUGAGGAAGUGGAAGACGAGGACGUGCGCCUUGCUCAUGCCAAACUGUGCAGUGCGCUCAUGGGUUUGCCGCUGCCUGAGGAGGAGGGGCUGGUGCGUUGA